GCGCCCUAGGCGCUCCCCCUUAGGGAAGUAUUCUCCCCUUCCGUCUUCAUCUUUCCUUCGUUGAUCGGAGCGACGAGUCGUAAGUUUCAUCGCUCUUCGAGCCUUUUCUUUGUUCUCCGGAGAUUUCAACCGAUAGAACUCGGAGAGGCUCACUCUCGUCAAGAGAUUGACUUCGCCUUCUGCGAGGUUUAGAAGAAACUUUAUCCGACCGCUGAGUAAACAAUUUUGAACCUAUUUGUCGCACGUCCGCUAUCGGUGCUAGGCCUAAGUUCUCGGGCCCCGGCCUCGAACAAAGGCAGUGGAGUUUCAAGCAGCGGAGUUUUAGUGGCUUGAAGGACCCGUUCCCGCUCACGUCCUAUGGGCUCCGGCUCCGGACAAAGCAGGACUAUUUUCGGUUUACAAUAGGGUCCGAUCCCCCUUGUUGUUCUAUGGGCCCCGGCCCCGAACAGAGGCGGCGAUCUUAAACUACUUCCGGCGUCCUCGCUCGCGUCCUAUGGGCUCCGGCUCCGGACAGAGCAGGACUAUUUUCGGUUUACAAUAGGGCCCGAUCCCCCUUGUUGUUCUAUGGGCCCCGGCCCCGAGCAGAGGCGGCGAUCUUAAGCUACUUCAGGCGUCCGCGCUCACGUCCUAUGGGCUCCGGCUCCGGACAGAGCAGGACUAUUUUCGGUUUGCAAUAGGGCCCGAUCCCCCUUGUUGUUCUAUGGGCUCCGGCCCCGAGCAGAGGCGGCGAUCUUAAGCUACUUCCGGCGUCCCCGCUCGCGUCUUGGGAGCUGCGGCUCCAAACGACGCAGCGCGGUCUUAGACAGUCACAAGGGCUAUUCAAUAAGCCAAACUGUCCGAUCCCCCUUGUUGUUCUAUGGGCCCCGGCCCCGAACAGAGGCGGCGAUCUCAAGCUACAUCCAGUGCCCCCACUCGCGUCUUGGGAGCUCCGGCUCCGGACAACGUGGCGCGUUCUUGAACAGCCUCAAGGGCCACACUUAGCACCUUUAUCCCUUUCGUUCGACAACGGAGAUCAGUGCGGCGGUAAUCGUUUCUAACCGAUAUGUGACUUUCUUGGGCUUCUCAGAUGUCAACCGCCGAGAUCGUGGAGCUCCAACGAACGGUGGCGAACAUCGCUACUUCGGUAGCGGUGCUCACCAACCGCCUCCCUCCGUUAGCCACGGAGGAUGUCGAACUCCGACAUAGUGAGCGGAGCAACUCGCCAGACCUGGACCCUUUGGGUCCCGCUGACGAGCCCCAUGCCUGGUUGGGGAGACCGACGGAGGGCCGUCCCCGGGAGGUGGACCCUGCCCUCCUCGACUUCCUCAAAGAGCACUGGGGCCCCGAAGGGCGCGCGGAGCGGUGCAGGGCGGCCCUGACGAGCUUCCCGCGACCGCGGCUCCCCUUCGCCACAGUGCCGGAGUUAAAUCCGGAAAUGAAGGCCCUGGCGAAGGAGAGGAGCCGCCGUCCAGAGGGUGGCUCGGAAGGGCCCGCCAACGUCGCUGCCCGGGACCAGGCACUCCGAGAAAGCCAAGACGGAGUGGCCGCUGCUAUGGGGCCACUGGUUGGCCUAUUAGAGAUUGGCCUCACGGAGGAGGCCAUUGAUAGAAAGACGGUGGCUGACCACGUGGGGGCAGCUACCGCCCAUCUCGGGCGGCUCUUCGCGUCGCUCUCCCGCGAGCGCCGGGAGGGGGUGAUUGCACGAGUGGCCCCAGAUCUCCGCCAGAUGGUGGCCCAUGACGGCGGGGACGAGGGAUCCCCACUGCUGUUUGGAGAGGGCUUCCUGGGGCAGCUGCGAACGCGGAACGAGACCAUCAAGGUCCUCCGGGAAGCCCGCCAACCGCCCCCUCCCGCCGCGGAGCCAGCAGCCAAGAGGUCCCGCAGCUCGGCUGCCCCAGGGACCAGUGCCCAGAGCCGGAGUGUGGGCCGGCAGCCCUUUCACGGGGGGCCCCCUUCCCGAGGCUACACGAGGGGGGCCUACCUCCGCCAGGGACAUCGAGGCAACGGUAAGCCCGCACCUCUUAGCACUGCCGCCCGCGGGCCGACUGGCAUAUUGCCGCGAAGCGUGGAGGUUACUCACCCACGAUGCUUGGGUCCUUCAGACAACACAGGGGUACAAGCUGGAGUUUGCACAGGUACCAGCGAUUCAAGGGUUGCACAACGUGCCGACCCGAGGGCAGUCAAAUCAGGUCCGGGAGGCAGUGUCCGAGCUGGUCAGAAAGGGAGCGGUCUCUCGGGUACCACCCUCCGAAGUGAAGUUCCUCUCCCCCUUCUUCAUAGUACCAAAGAAGGACAACAAGAUGCGCCCAAUUCUAGAUCUCCGACAACUAAACGAGUCGGUGCAACACAACCACUUCAAGAUGGAGGGGUGGCACUCUGUGAGGGAUCUUAUCCAGCAGGGCGACUCCAUGAUACGUAUCGACCUGAAGGACGCAUACCUGUCUGUCCCAAUCUGCCACCAGGACCGCCCCUGGCUCGGCUUCCGAGAGGGGGACAGGGUCUACCGUUGGAACGUGCUGCCAUUUGGCCUCAGAUCGGCACCGAGAGUUUUCACAAAACUACUGAAACCAGUCGCGGCCUAUCUCCGGUCCAAGGGACUUCGCAUUGUCAUGUUCUUGGACGAUAUCCUUGUCAUGGACCAAUCCCCCUCCCUACUCGCAAACCAGGGACAUCUAAUCGUGAACCUCCUACAAAACCUGGGUUUUGCCGUAAACUUGGAGAAGUCGGUACUGACACCAGCCCGGGACUUGUUGUUUCUGGGACUAUCGAUAGACUCGAGACGAUUGACGCUCGAGCUCCCUGGAGAGAAACUCGCCAACCCGUUAGACCACCUACAGCAGAGGCUAGAGCAACCGGUGAUCUCGGCCCGCCAAGUCGCAAGCUUGGCGGGACAACUGAAUGCAUGCCUAAUGGUACUGCCGGAGGGUUCCUUUUAUAUCAGGAACCUUCAAACAGAUUUGAGACGGGCCCUACAGAGAGGUACAUACACGACCACUCUUACACUAUCCAGGGACACGCGGCAGGACUUAGCGUGGUGGAUCCGAGCACUGAGGAAGACCCCAAGGGACCAGAUCAAGACACCCCCAGUAGUACAGACGAUACAGUCGGACAGCUCGCUGAAGGGGUGGGGAGCAUGCUCGGAGGGGUGGACGAUCGGGCAUCACUGGACACCACUCCAAUCCACUUGGCACAUCAAUGCCCUGGAGCUGAUGGCAGCCUUCCUGGCCCUUCAGCCCCAGUAACGACUGGUCCUGCUCCGGACCUACCUCCUGCCCCGCCUCUUCCCUUGGUUGGUCCCGGGUCGCUGGUCCUGCGGCCUCCUGAAAAAGCUGGACACCAGGGUCAAAGCCUCCACGCCGGCCUGGCUCGACCUCCCCCACGACACACCACUGGGGUACUUCCAUGCCCCGGUGGGGGAGGGUGGGCUAGGAGUGGUGUCCUUGCGGGCCUUAAUACCAUCAAUGCGCCUGCUGCGACUGGACGGGCUGCGGUUCUCCGACCAUCCAGGGUGUGCUCCGGCCUUGGAGCUGCCCCUCCUGGCUGGCUUCCGCCGGAGAGCGCUGGCGGCCUGCUGCUACCAGGGACAGAAGCUCCUCAACAAGAAGUUGGUCCAAAAGAUGUGGACCGAUCUCCUGCACUGAAGUAACGACAGGGCCGCCUUGCGCGACUCCGGCGAAGUCCCGGGAGCACACCGCUGGGUGUCUGAGGGGACCCGUCUCCUGCGUGAACGACAAUUUAUGAACCUGAUCAAGCUCCGAAUAAACGCCAUGCCAACCCUUGAAAGGACCAGUCGAGGCCGUGGUGUGGACGUUUCCUGUCAGGCCGGCUGCCGAGCUCCAGGGAGCCUGGGACUUGUCCUCCAGUGCUGCCGCAGGGGACACCGUGGUAGGGUGAAGAGGCACAACCUCGCCCGCUACGUGUGUAACUGCCUGAAACAGCUUGGAUGGAUGGUCCUCUGGGAGUCGCACUUCCCUCUGCCCGACGGGACACUGAAGCCCGACUUGGUCGCCUUCAAGGAGCAAGACGCCCUUAUCCUGGACGCCCAGGUCGUAGGAACGGGCAUGGGUCUCUGCUUCCUGCACCAUCAGAAGGUGGCCGAAUACUUGGGGCCACUACUGCAACUCUCAGCUCGAGCCGGACGGAGCAGCACUCUACUAACCUCCACCAUCACCCUCAACUUCAGGGGCUGUGUGGUCUGCAGAGAGUGCCCGGGACCUCCUUAGUCUCGGGUUGACGCAAAACGACCUGAAGCUCGUGCGAAGGCAGCGAAGGUCUGACAGGAACGUGCGAACAUUUCUCGGCGAAGGCAGCGAAGGUCAGCACACGAGACCUCUCUUGCCGAGGCGACGCAAGCGGACACGACCGGUCGACUGCUCGCGUCGCAUUCUCAUGUUUAAACAAAUCUAAAAUGUUACUCUGGACCAAAAAAACUUGUUUUUUUCUCAAGUUACAGUUACAGUGUCUGAAAUAAAAAUUGUGACUAUGUUGGUGGCGUUCCAAGCGCGAUAUGCUUGGGCUUUUUCGUCGCGGUGGUGAAACGCUAUUCUAGAACUAGGGAGUUUUAGACAACGUAUGCAAUUUUAGCACACGCUAACGCUAGAUUUAGCGCUUGCGUUAGCGCACGCUACGCAAGAGUUUUAGAAUAACGUUUCUCCGCCGUGACGCAAAAGCCCAAGCAUCUCGCGCUUGCAACGCCACCAAGAUAGUCAAUUUUUAUUUUCACAAACGAAAUGCUGUAACUUUCCUGCCCAGCAUUCCUUCCAGAAACUUCUCUUUCCUAGAAAUUCAAUCACUUUUCUCCGGCCUCCUUUUUAUGAAAGAUUUCACUUCAGCAAACUUUCCCUUGUCGUUUGUUUUGACAACAGGAAUUCAAAAUUCAUUCAGUGGACUUCCUCAGUAUUUCUGCAUGAUGGGCAGGAAGCAAAGGGUGACUACACCAAGCAAUACCCAGAUUUUGGAAUGACUGGCUUGUUUUUAUAAGCUCUGAACCCAAUGACACUGAAACCCCCCAAAACUCGUAUUUUUGUGUACCACGAAUGAAAGCUACAAAAAGUGCAGAAUAUGUGGUAAAAAAAUAAAUUUCAGAAAAGCCCUCCCAUUUUGCACAAACAUAAACUUCGCAAAUGCAGGGCCGUACACAUGGGUGACCAAAAUGGCAACUGGUGAGACAACCGGAAAAUGCCGGAAAAAGUGCCCACCCCACUUUUACUGAAAACUGGGAUAAUCUUGACAUGGGUGCUUGUCCAGUCAAACUGGGCACUUAAUGUAUAAUUUGCUAAAUACCCAAGUUUGUUUUAAAAAUGUUAAUAGUGGGCACUUCCAGAAUAUUUUACGAUAUGUCUCCAGCAGCAAGAUGCGAAAUUUGCCCCCUUGGGAAUGAAGUUGUGAAAGCAGGUUUAUACUGGAGCAUCCCAGCAUGAAGUGCAACAGUCUCUCUCCAGCACGGAGAGAGACACUGCCACGUUUGGGCAGCCCCAAAAUAUUAACGAGGGUUGGUUUCUUCUCACUUGCCUUCUCUGUCACUGUCCGUGGGUCUUACUCAUUUCUUACUGCACACUAUUAUUUUCAAACAAAGUAGGGCAAAGCUGCAUAAGCUUGACGACAAAGGAGAGAAUUGUGCAUUGGUGAGGCUGAACUCGGGCAGCACAGUCAACGAGUAAAACACAACAAACAACCCUCAGUAAAACUUUCUUUUCGGUGAGAUUGAACUGAUCGGGUGAAGGAGUGUUUGGUGUACAUGACUUGCAUCGACGCCAUAUCGGCUGCUGUUUUGGUGACAGUGCGUGUACGUUCAACAGCAUGCAUUUUGCAGCACCAAAUUUGUUUUUCUUGGCCAGAAGCAGGAACGAGCACUAGCAUGGC